UCAUGAGCGAAUGUUUAAUCUUUGGGCAAAUAUAAUGGUGUCCCGUAUCCAUCAGAAGUUAAAACAAUUAUUUUCUAAAUAUCUGUGUUUUUGUUAAAGAGUCAUGUUCCAUACAUCCCAGAAGUGAUGGUUGUCAUAGUAAUGGAUUCCAAACUCCCAUUGAUACCAAUGGCCUUGUUCUUCUGCAUGCUGGCAUGCUUUGAWUGUAACAUUAAAGACCUUAGUGACAGUACCUUCCCAGCAGACCAUCUGCUGUACUAUACCAGAGGUCAAGGUUAUGGAUUGACACWAGAGGAUCAGUCAGAAGGAAUCUGUUUUGACCAGGAAUCUUGCAAGAAUAAGGAAAAUGUACAACAGCAAAGACCUUGCUGGGGAUAUGAGGAUGACUGUCAGAAGAAUGAUAGGUAUUCCAGUCCAACCUGUACUGCUCAUCACCAAGCUUGGGCACAGUCUUUAGAACAACAAAAAGAGCUUUUCUUUGAACAAGGAGACUUUGGUUUUAUCAAAAAMUCUAAAAAACAGAUGAUGGAUAUAUGUGUGGCACAACAAAAAGAUGAUUCAUCUUUAAGAUGCUCAAGAAACAUGAUAUUCUGUCAUGCCAAAAAUUUGUAUCUUGAUUUAAGAAACUUGGAUGCAAAAAAUAGCAGGAAUAGGUACAGAGAAGAUGUUAUCAAGGAAGGUGAUAUAGGUGGCCAUUGUAAACUCAACAGAAACCUUCUUAAAAAACAAGGUGAACACAAAAGUCCAUUGCAGUCAUGGUAUGCAGAGCUGGAGCAUUUCAGCAGUCUUUCCUUUAAACCUUUUAAGAGUGCAUCUAAAUGUGAUGUAGUUAUUGAGAGACCAACUCUACUCAUCAAGCUUGAUGCAGGUGUCAACAUGUAUCAUCACUUUUGUGACUUCAUCAAUAUUUACGCUUCRCAACAUUUAAAUGGAAGCUUUAGCACAGAUAUCAACAUCAUUAUGUGGGAUACAAGCUCACUGCAUUAUCGUGAUUUCUUUUACGAUACUUGGAAAGCAUUCUCUCGCCAUCCCAUUCUUAGACUCGACAAGUUUGAUGGCAAAAAGGUUUGCUUCAAGGAUGCUGUAUUCUCUUUUCUUGCAAGAAUGGUAUUUGGAUUGUAUUACAAUAUGCCUUUGGUGCCAGACUGUCAUGGCAGUGGUCUUGUCAGAGCGUUUUCUCACCRUACAUUACACCGACUUGGUAUUAAACAAGUGAAGGAGAAAAAAACUCGCAUUACUCUUCUGGUACGUAGUACAAAAUACAGAAGGAUUUUGAAUGAAAAAGAGCUCAGCAAAGCAAUCAGAAGUGUACCAGAAUUUGAGUUGAAAGUAGUAGAUUACAACCACAAUAUGCCGUUUGUACAACAGCUAAAUAAUACACACAAUACAGACAUUUUGAUUGGCAUUCAUGGGUCUGGUUUGACACAUCUACUCUUCCUUCCUGAUUGGGCAGUUCUAUUUGAAUUAUAUAACACAGAGGAUCCUGACUGUUACAGAGAUUUAGCAAAUUUAAGGGGUGUGACGUACAUGACAUGGGAAAAUAAAGACAAGCUCUUUCAGGAGGACGAGGGACACCACCCAACUUUGGGAGCGCAUGCCAAGUUUACCAACUACGCUUUUAAYGUAGACGAGUUUAUGAAGCUUAUAAAUAAAGCUGCUCGAUUAGUUCAACAGAAAAAGGAAAUUCUCAAAUAGCACUAAAUACAUUAAGAUAGGAAUUAUAAUUUUAUCAAGCACAGAUUAAAUUUUAAACAAUUAGUACUUUUUCACGUUUUUAGAGUGAAGUCAUCAAACCCGUGAAAUAGACAUUAAACUAAUAAACCUCUGUACGCUCUAAUUGUAUUGUUAUCUUUUGGGUCUAUUUAAUUAUCACACUUUAAUAGUCAAUUUCUGUUUCACGGAUUUAAUGACCUGACUCUAGUGUUUGCACUGGUUCACUCAUUGUAUUAUAUUUUAUCAAAUUUGGAUGUUUCGUUUGUCUAAUGAACACUCAAUAUUAAUUAUCAAUAUCAAUUGUUUUUCGUGUUUACUGCGUUCUACUUAAUCACCUUGACAAUUCCGAUUCAUGGGUAUUAUUCCCUAGAGUGAAUAGGGAAUCAACACAAGUGAGUCUGUUGUCUACUAAAACAGCGGUCGCUCGCAUUGAACUCAGUGGAAAAAGGCUUGUUCAGCACCCGUGCUGUCAAGAAUGAAGAUCAGCACCCAACACCUGUAUUAAUGUAAUAUUGAUUUCACAGGUUUAAUCGCUUUAAUCAAACAAGAUGCUAUUCAUUUUAAUAGUCCAGUUUCGAAUUGAUAGCAAAAAAACGCUGCUGGCUUUAUUUGACUACAGAUUCUCUUGCGCAAAGACCUGACCAAACACAAAAGGGAGCACGAAAAAAAUUCGUUUUUACAAUAGACUUAAAAAUUUGCAUUUUCCCUGAGUUGAGACUAACCCUGUAUUCCCAUGAGAACUAAGGUAUGAUGAGCCUUCUGGGAAUACAGGGUUAGCCUCAACUCGGGGGAAAAUGUAAAUUGUCAGCGCUAUUGUACGUAAAACAUUUUCUCGUGCUUUCCGUUUGGUAAGUUCCUUGCGUAAGAAAAUCUGCUGUCAAAAUAUUGAAUAUGAGAUUGUGUAGAGAUGGUGUAGCACACAUGACGUCCAGGCAUAAUUAGCAUUGUUACAGGAAGCCCAUGUAAGCGCUCUGUAGAGCGUCUAGUUUUAUCAAAUUUCAGCCUGGAUGUUCUUUGCUAGCCUCCUCCGCACGCAACUCUUUUUUACUCCUUUGGGCUUCCUUUGUAACGGUCAUAAUGGCCGUUAGGCACUAGUGACGAGAACGCUCGCCUUUUCUCGCCCCCAUUCUCCCUCUUUUGACUCAAAAAGAGAGGAAGCCCGUGAUUCUUAGUGAUGCCUGCGGAGGAGGCUAGUUCUUUGCAACCUUGUUCUCAUAUCUCGGGUAUGUUAUUCAUAUGGAGCAAACCGAAUUCAAUUUGACAACAGAUCAUUUUUUAAAGUUCAUGGUAGUGUCCGAACAAUGCCGGGAAUUUUAGAAUCUGUAAUUUUUUAACGAUAUAACAGUUUGUGUCCACGCGUGUCGGUAAAAAUUUCAGCGAAUUUUUGCAAAGCACUUCCAAUACGAAUACAAUAAGCUAAUUUUUGUUUCAAACAUUGAAAUUUCUGGCGUCGUUCGGAUAAGGCCCUUUAAAAUAGCAUGGUAUAAUAUUUAUCAAUUGCAUCAUCAAAUCAUCACUAGUGUCAUUAAAACACUCCAUUUUCAA